AUGGAUAUCGUCUUGAGUGUUUUUGAUAACCUGUUUUUUGACAGGUUCUAUGCCACACUUCUUCCACUAGCUUCCGGCAUUUCAUUGGAUACAUUGAAGAAUAAUGCCACAAAUCUCGCUGGCGCUGCUGCCAUCGCUGCCACCAGGCUCAACGCCCCGAUAGUGAACGAUAUCGUAUCUGAAUACCUUGGGAUCGAACCCACGAAAUACGCGUUACUUUCACAAUGGCAACGGGGUGAUUGGGAAAGACAGGCACUGUCUUUGGGGUUGAUUACAUGGAUUUUUGGGCUUCUCAUCUACUUCGUAUUUGCGACAGUGUCAUAUGUGUUUAUUUUCGAUAAGGACACAUUCAAGCACCCAAAAUUCCUCAAGAACCAGAUACGCCAGGAAAUCAACCAAACAAUGUGGUCCCUCCCCAUCAUGGCCAUCUUCACCGCGCCAUUUUUCACCUUUGAGGUUAGGGGUUAUUCAUACCUUUACCAGAACGUUGAGGAUUAUGGGAAGGUCUACAUGUGGCUUCAAUUCCCGUUGUUUUUGAUGUUUACCGAUUUCUGGAUCUACCUCAUCCAUCGCGGUCUCCAUCACCCCCGCAUUUACAAGACUCUCCACAAGCCGCAUCACAAAUGGAUUAUGCCUACCCCAUACGCUAGUCAUGCUUUCCACCCUCUUGAUGGAUUUCUCCAGAGUGUUCCAUACCACAUUUUCCCAUUCAUCUUCCCACUUCAGAAGUUCGCAUACAUCGGACUUUUCAUGUUCAUCAAUGUUUGGACUAUCAUGAUCCACGAUGGAGAAUAUGUUGCCAAUUCCCCGAUCAUUAACGGAGCUGCCUGCCACACCAUGCACCAUCUGUAUUUCAACUACAACUACGGCCAGUAUACCACUCUUUGGGACCGCCUUCUUGGCUCCUACAGGAAGCCAAACAUGGAGCUCUUCUACAAGGAAACAAAGAUGGCGACUAAGGAGUGGCAGAAACAGGUUGCUGAGAUGGAGAAAGUUGUCAAGGACGUUGAGGGAGAUGACAGCUUCAGGGAAUACGCCUCGAUUGAGACAAAGAAAGCUAAAUAG